CUCCAAUUUAUCCUCCUCUCUCUCUCUCUCUUCCUCUCUCCUUAUUCUUCUCGGAACCCUUGUCUCUGUUUCCACCAACCCAACAUACACUCUACCAAACCAACCACCUUAUCCUAAACCAUGUGGCUCUUUGGAUAUGGCAGCCUCAUUUGGCGCCCUGAUAUGGAAUACGAAGACAGCAAGGUUGGGUAUAUCAAAGGUCAUGUCCGCCGGUUUUGGCAGAGGAGCACGGACCACCGAGGCACCGAGGAGGCACCAGGCCGUGUAGUCACUUUAAUUCCUUAUGAAGAGUUCACAGAACGAUUCAAAACUCUCGAUAAGCAUUCUACAGAUCAGGACGAUAUCACCUGGGGUGUUGCAUACAAGAUCCCAUUAUCCAAGGUUGCAGAGACAAAAGCAUAUCUGGAUCAUCGGGAAAAAAAUGGUUACGAAACACACUUUUUGGAUGUCUUUCAACCUGGUAGUGACAUUCCUGUAGUGGAAAAGGCGAUUGUAUACAUUGGAAGCACUAAUAACUCUGAUUUUGCUGGACCUGCACCUUUGGAGCAAAUUGCAAAGCAAAUCUACAUUUCACAUGUUGGUGCCAACAGAGACUAUCUGCUUAACCUAGCCCAUUCAUUACGUACUGUGGCUCCAACAGGAAAUGAUCGACAUUUAUUUGAACUCGAGAACAAGGUCAAAGAGUUGAUGUUCCAGGACGCAGGAUCACAGGCAGCAUUUGAUCUUAUGUUGUCAGAGAUCAUUGUUCAAUCAAAAACCGCCUUCCGUAGUACCUGUAUAGAACAGGCCCCGUCUCUAUCAUAGAUCAAUUAGAACGAAACUGGGUAAUUUAUUCUAUAACAUAAAAAAAAUAAAGUAAAAAUACCGG